ACUUGACUCCGUACUUCGGCGAAAUGUUCUCAGAUGUGAGAGAAGGCGACAGUGAAAGAGGUCUCGCGAUGUUAUGUCGGAGCGAACAGUGGCGACGAGAUUUGCUCGGUCGAGUUGGUAUUUGUGUUAUUGAAGAAGGAAGGGAAGGGGAAAUAAUAAAUAAUUGUGUAGAAAACGGAGUAGGUAUGGCAUCGGGCGAUACACUAUACAUCGCGACCGAUGGCUCUGAGAUACCUGCUGAAAUCGUGGAGCUCCACGAAAUUGAAGUAGAGACCAUCCCAGUGGAGACUAUAGAGACCACAGUAGUUGGGGACGAUGAUGAUGAUGAUCACCAGCCGAUGAUCGCUUUACAGCCACUGGUAACUGAUGACCCCCAUGGGGUCCACCACCAUCAAGAAGUGAUUCUGGUGCAGACUCGGGAGGAGGUUGUUGGUGGGGAUGAUUCGGAUCUAAGGACUGAUGAUGGGUUUGAAGACCAGAUACUCAUCCCUGUACCGGCAGCAGUUGCUGAGGAGGAGUAUAUAGAGCAGACUCUUGUAACUGUAGCCGGGAAGAGCAGCUCAGGCGGAAGACUGAAAAAGGGAGGUAGUAGUGGAAAGAAAUCUGGAAAGAAAAGUUACCUUAGUGGCACGGAUUCUAGCGGUAGGAAAUGGGAGCAGAAACAAGUGCAAAUCAAGACUCUGGAAGGAGAGUUUUCAGUAACGAUGUGGGCAUCGGAUGAUAAAAAAGAUAUUGAUCAUGAAACAAUAGUUGAAGAGCAAAUCAUUGGUGAGAAUUCUCCCCCAGACUACUCUGAAUACAUGACAGGCAAAAAACUUCCUCCUGGUGGGAUCCCUGGCAUUGAUCUUUCAGACCCAAAACAGUUGGCAGAAUUUGCCAGAAUGAAGCCACGAAAAAUUAAAGAAGAUGAUGCUCCGAGAACAAUUGCUUGCCCUCACAAGGGUUGCACAAAAAUGUUCAGGGACAAUUCAGCUAUGAGGAAGCAUUUACACACACAUGGACCAAGAGUGCAUGUCUGUGCAGAGUGUGGAAAGGCCUUUGUGGAAAGUUCAAAAUUGAAACGACAUCAGCUUGUUCACACUGGAGAAAAACCUUUCCAGUGUACAUUCGAAGGUUGUGGAAAGCGGUUCUCAUUGGACUUCAAUUUACGCACUCAUGUACGAAUUCACACGGGAGAUCGACCCUAUGUUUGCCCAUUUGAUGGCUGUAAUAAGAAAUUUGCCCAGUCAACAAAUCUAAAAUCUCACAUUUUAACACAUGCUAAAGCCAAAAACAACCAGUGAUGAUCCUUUGAGGAGAACCAGGUCCUUGAAAAGGGCAUCUUAUGGGAUUGUGAUUGGACUUAACAGUGACCCUCUCUUUGUAUAUUGUUUCUAGAAGAGAAUUUUAAAUAUUGAAUCCUACAUGAGACUUGUUUUGAUAAAAGUGGUAAACAAGAACUUAAUGGUGACGAUAGGAUGCUUUUGACUCGCCUGGUAAAAGUCAACUUUUCAGACCAUACCAGAGUUUUAUAUGAUAUGGUCUUGGCAAGAACAAUAUUUCAUGAACAUGCAUUUCAGAAGACAUUUUAUCAGCUGUUCUACAGUUGGACUUGUAUUCACUUUAUAAAUAUGAAGCUCACUUGUUGCUUACAGAUUUUUUUUUAAUUUUGUAUUUUCCAAGUGUGCAUAUUGUACACUUCCUGGGGAUAUGCCUAGUAAUGUUAAGUGUGAUUACAUUUUUUGGAGGUUAAAUUCUUUGCUUGUAAUAGAUUUUAUUCUUGAAACUGGCAGUUACUGUUCCACAUGCAUACUUUCUUGUACAAAAGUUACAUAGACUUGGUUUGUUAUCUUAAUUUGGUUGUAUUCUUUAAUGUUGACACAUUUUGUAUAAUUGUAUCGUACAGCUGUAUAGAAAUCAUGUAGUAUCCGAUAGAUGUGAUUUAAUAGUGUUAAAUCAAUUAAACCCAUUUUACUCGUUUUUUUUUUUUUUUUUUUUCCCCCCCAGAAUACUGACAGAUGUCACCCUCUGAUCCAAGUUAUCUUUAUGGCUGUUCAGUUUCAGAACGUGGUGCUCUGUUGCAUUUGUAGAAUGUAAAAUACAGGCACUGAUCGUUAUUAACACUUGUUAAUAUGUACAUCCCUUGUAAGAAAACAGACCAAUAAUAAAAUAGUGGUCCUAAAGGAAGCACUUGACAGAAAAUAAUGUAAACCGUUUUCUUUCCUGUGUUGUGUGCUACGUAGACCUUGUAAUAAUUUAUUACUGAGCACUUGGGUGCAGUCAAAAUCUAGGCAUUUAGAUUACCAUCUGUUCUGAGCUGCAGUAUUGUAGAAGAAAAUUUAUAAACAGUGCUGGUCUUUUGAGUUUAAUAUAUUUAUGAACUCAGAACUAUAAAAUUUCUUAGAUUAAUACAAAGCUAUGAUCAGUGUUGUUUGUGUUCUUCCUCAUGUACUUUGCUUUUAUGAAUUAAGCAGAAUUUUCUUUUUGGUGAAUCUUGCUGUUGCCUCACAUAUGCAGUUGAAAGUUAACCUUUCCUCAUUUCCCAAGUUUAGUACCUUUUUUUGACUGAAUUGGAAAAAAUAUUUAAGAUAAGCACAUGAUGUUAAAUGAGUAACCCACUGGCUUGAUUGUUGUAGUCCAGUAUUCAUAGUAAUUUGAGGUCCUUGUAAAUAAAAGAGGGCGAGAACAAGAGGGGAAGACCUUAUGUUUUAAUGUAUUACUGUAGAUAUAUAAAUUAUAUCAUUUGUUUGUGUAUAUGUAUGUCUUUUGGACACUGUAUAACAUGUAGAGCUUAACAUUUGAAAUGGCUCCUGAAAUAUAUAAUCAUUAGGUCAGUCAUGCAAUA